AUGCGUACGCCUAUUCCAUUGAAAGUGAAGCUCUCGCGCCGAUUCUAUGAACCUAUCCUCCUCGAGGUCGCAUUGAAGAAGAUUCGACCGCCAGCCCUCUCCACUUCUCAACGCCAGCCUAACACGAUGAAUGAUAAUGCCGAUAGCGCGGAGCAAACUUUCAAGUGCUUUGUCAACAGGCUUGCCCAAGUCUGUGACAAUGUUCGUGGGGAAAACGGAGCCACCGUGGCCAGCAUCGCUGUGUUGGAAGAACCUGAUGGUGUCCGAUAUAUCAUUGGAUUCAACAAUCGAAGAGCGUCACAGCUGCCUGAGGUUGAACUUUUUGUCAAGCAAUUGCUGGCCAUCGUGGCGAAACCAAAAGGGAGACCUGCAGAUGGCAGUUUGCCAGUACAAAGAGAGGCUCUGUGGCAUAUACUCAGAUUUAAUGGGAAUCGUGUCAGGUUUUACCUUACGGGUACCGCAGAUUGGUUGUCCAAGUGCAUUGAUGAUUACGAUAGACGAUAUGAGAAAACCUCUUUAGCAUCGGAGGCAUCGCAGUUCAGGGCACAACUCUCCCAACUGGAAGAUUUGAUCAAAUUCGAGAAGGACAAACAGCUUGAGGAACAAGAGUAUUUUACUGCUUGUGAGACGCUCUUCACAUUCAUUCACCAUGCUCAGCGUCGAAAAUUUGGAGACUCCAUUUCAGAGCAAGCAAGAGAUGGCCAGAUAAACAGCUCCAAACCAUGGAUGGAGCUUCGCCAUUUUGUUGGCCGCUUGCACUCAUACUACCUCGCCGUUGAGACAAUAAUUCGCGCGAACAAGUUCUGGGAUCGGCUGUUUCACGAUAUCAAAGUGACAGUCAUUCCAUCAGCUCGGGUCAUCCCACAUCCAUUGAGUGGAAGGAGACCAAAUGCCCACGAAAUAAUGGGAAGAAUGUCUUCUUCCAAAGAGAUUAUAGAGCGACACCGUUCUAUGGCUGUGGAGUUGCAAAAACACGGCCUAGACGAAAAAAUCUUGACCGAGUGCAAUGACCUUUCCCAGACGCACAUGGUCCAUGCUGAAGUCCUUGUUUUGGAUUAUUUGUUGAGCUACCUGCAUGGCUCUAGUGAUGCUGAUUUCUGGAAUGACUGGCGAUAUAUUGGGAGCAGCAAGCCAACAUGUCGACUCUGCCAUUACUACUUCAUUGAGCAUCCAGGUGGAGUGCAAGUUCGCGAGUCCCACAAGAAUCUCUACCCUCACUGGCGCGUCCCUGACGUUUUUGACGAAAAUGCAAUGAAAUCGACAACAUCCAUACUCAACGCAAUCAAUCAGAGAACUAGAGAAGACGCAAUACGAUCACUCGAAGAUCAAAUAUCUCAAGGUCGGGUGCAUGACUCAAACUCGUUUUCAAAAUCCAUCGCGACUGAAACUUCAAUCAGUGAGCUCGUUUCCGGAAUUACAAAUUUGGCAAUUCCCGACACCAUCGAAGAAGAGGAUGGGCGAAGCAUUGCAGGAGAACCAGAUGACAAAGAAGAAGAAGAAGAAGGCAUAAUUGUGUUUCGUGGACGUAAACCGUUCCCGUCCCAAAGAUAA